AUGAAUCAUAAAACCUUGGAAAUCUUAGGUUUUCUACUAUUCCUGGGUUAUCAAUAUUUUUUUUCCAAAAUUACCCUUCGAAUCUUCCCCAACAUUCUCUCAGAGCUCAACGCCCCUUUGCCUCUUCCCCAACAGCCGGCGCUGCCUGCUGCCUCGCUCCGCCACCAGUUCGACCUUUCCCCCGCUGGCACAGAGCAAUACAGCAUCGACACAGUUGACCACUACAGCCCGGCCAAUGUUUACGAGUUUAAGCUAAAAUCUUCUACUGCCUCCCUGAGAGAUCGGAAGAGAUUAAAAGUCUGCAGCGCAUUUCCAUCGUCGUCGACCACCACGGAUGUGGCAGCACAGCAAGUGGUCGUCGUGGACUCUCAGGAGGCCGAUAUCCGACUGGUACACGCUCUGAUGGCGUGUGCAGAGGCGGUGCAAAAGGAGAACUUGAAGGCGGCGGGCGCCAUCGUGAAGCAGAUAUUCGUCCUCGCCGCAUCGCAAGGCGGCGCGAUGCGCAAGGUCGCUGGAUACUUCACGGAGGCCCUUGCCCAUCAGAUCUACCGACCGCAGUCCCCUCGUGGCGUUAGCUGCUCGAGUACUCAUGAAUCCACCGCCUUCGAUGACAUGCUUCACCAGCACUUCUACGAGAGUUGUCCCUACCUCAAGUUCGGCCAUUUCACAGCUAACCAGGCGAUUCUGGAAGCCUUUGUCGGUUGCCGCCGCGUCCAUGUUGUUGAUUUUGGGAUGCGGCAAGGACUACAGUGGCCGGCUCUCCUCCAAGCGCUCGCUCUCCGCCCCGGAGGUCCGCCGUCGUUUCGCCUCAUUGGAAUCGACCCGCCAGAGCCCGACAACUCGGACUCUCUACAGGAGGUAGGCUGGAAGCUCGCCAGCUUGCUGAGACCAUCCGCGUCGAGAUCGGAAAAGGAAGAAGAAUACUGA